GCCUUCUUCCUGAGGGGUUCCGCUGAGUUAGCGCCCUGCUGCUUCCAGCGCCCCCUUAAGAUACCGUAGUGGCCGCUGCCAGCCAUGGCUUUGCCCCCGGAGAAAGCCUCCGAACUGAAACAACUCAUUCACCAGCAGCUGACGAAGAUGGAUGUCCACAGUAGGAUCCGAGAAGUUCUUGCUGAGACCAUACGUGAAGAACUGGCACCUCAACAUCAGCAGCUAUCUGAAGAAGAUCUAAUGAGAGCCCUAAUACGGCGAGGAAUCAUUGAUGAUGUUAUUAAAGAGCUUAACUUUGUAAAUGAAACGAAUGACAGGGAAAUGACUUCAACACCAAAACCCUCUACGCAUUUUGUUGACAGACAUCCAGCAGUGUUAAAAAAAACAAAUAUUGACCCAACAAGAAGGUAUCUUUACGUUCAGGUUUUGGGUGGAAAAGCAUUUUUAGAACAUCUGCAGGAACCUGAGCCUUUACCUGGUCAAAAUUGUUCUACCUUCACUCUCUGCUUACAUUUUCGAAACCAACGUUUUCGCUCUAAACCUGUCCCAUGUGCCUGUGAACCAGAUUUCAGUGAUGGCUUUCUACUUGAAGUAUAUAAGGAUACCUUAGGUGAAGGAAGUAAAAUGGUGGAUGCAACUACUAUGCUAUCAAUAUGUGAUCCCGUGCAUAUUGUCUUGAUCAAAACAGACACAUUUGGUGAGACCACAUUAGUAGCAUCCUAUUUCUUAGAGUGGCGAUCUGUCCUGAGUGCAGAGAACAGAAUAACAAACGUUGCUGUUGAACUUCUGGGUGUAGGUACAGAAUCAAAGGUUUCUGUUGGAAUACUUAACAUCAAACUUGAGAUGUACCCAAAGCUAAAUAAAACACUUUCUCAGGAAAUAGUUAAUACUCAAUUUACUUUAGAACGCCAGAAAACAGCAGAAAAGGAACGUUUGUUUCUUGUGUAUGCUAAGCAGUGGUGGAGAGAAUACCUGCAGAUAAGGACUUCACACAACACAAGACUGGUGAAAAUUUUUGCACAGGAUGAAAAUGGGAUAAACAGACCAGUUUGUUCGUAUGUCAAGCCUCUUCGAGCAGGCCGGCUUCUGGACACGCCCAGGCAAGCUGCAAGAUUUGUCAGUGUGCUUGGUUAUGAAAAAGCCCCUAUCAUUGGCGGAGGAAAUAGUAAACAAGAACAGUGGUGUACCCUUUUGGCUUUUCUGUGUAGAAACAAGGGUGACUGUGAAGAUCAUGCUAACCUUUUGUGCAGCCUUCUACUGGGAUUUGGGCUGGAAGCUUUUGUUUGUGUAGGAACAAAAGCUAAAGGUGUUCCUCACACAUGGGUAAUGACUUACGGGAUUGAUGGAAUAAUCACUUUCUGGGAGAGUUUAACAGGACAUAGGUACAUCCACAAUCCUAUUAAGCCUGAUGACCCUCCAAUUGUUGAACAGCCGAAGCCACUGUAUCCUUACCGAACAAUAGGAUGUGUCUUCAGUCAUCAAAAGUUUUUAGCAAACUGCCAGCCUUCUGAUGCUGUAGAAGUCUGUGCCUUUGACUUGCAUGAUGAAUCCAAAUGGAAACCGAUGAGUGGAGAAGCAAUCAAAUCUGUGUGUUCUCCAGGGGCCACAACGGCACUUCCACCUUUUCCUCCUCUCUGUGCUUCCGCCAUUGAUGCUGCAGCAGCAAGCAACGAACUGGAGUUACAGCUUAGAAUAUUAGUGGCAGAACACAGGAAGGACCUUGGACUUGCAACAGUCUGGGAUGACCAGCUAUCUUACCUCUUGUCACCAGCUUUGGCAGCCUAUGAACUUGAACGUACCACAAGCAUUUCUUCAGGAAAUGAAGAGUUUCAAGAUGCCAUCAGGAGAGCAGUACCAGAUGGUCAUACGUUCAAAGGAUUCCCCAUCCACUUUGUGUACAAAAAUGCAAGGAGAGCAUUUGCUGCAUGUCUUCGGUCUCCUUUCUGUGAAGAAAUAGUGUGCUGUAGAGGGGACCAAGUGCGGCUUGCCGUCCGUGUCAGAGUAUUCACAUAUCCUGAAUCGGCAUGUGCUGUUUGGAUCAUGUUUGCUUGCAAAUAUCGUUGUGUACUCUAAGAACUCAUUUUCACUUUUAACUGAAAUCCUGUGCACUUGUGCAAAAGCCUCAUUGAGGUCGAAGACUUUUGCAUAUUACUGAUGGAAAGCUUGCAUCUUGGUCCUGAACACAUUUACUUGGAAGUAAAUACCAUUGGUUUUAGUGGAACAUAUUUCUCAGUGUGCUUUGGAUAAUUGGACAAUACUAAAAUACUAUUCUAAUAUAUAAUAGUACACUUUUGUUAAAGGCUACCUGCUACAAUAAUGUUAGAGUUUUGACUGUGUGAUUGUGUGUAAAAUAUCAUGAGAAACAAUAUUUGUAUAA